AUUUUCCAAGACGAGAUUUUUACCAAGUGUAGAUUCAUACAACUAUUAUUCCAUAAAGAGAGUAUUUUGGAACCAUUGGUUCCCGGAAUUCGAGUUCAACACUCUACAAAGUCACUUUUUUCCCCCCCAAAUUCCCCUCCCAAAAAAAACCUAGCUACUACAUCUUCACUUCUCGGAUCUUAUCUUCAGCCGACAUACUUGCAUCGGCGUUUCUCUUGCUAUCUUCUCUUUUACCUCUUGCAAAUUGAUGUUUUAUUGCUCCUUUUUCAUUGGUGUUUACUGAUCAAAUACUACCUAAAGAGCUGACUGGGGUGGAACUCAAAUGGAAUUUCAGAAUACUACUGUUUUGCAUGAAAAUCAAUUGUUUGAGAAUGAUAUUGGAAGUCUUGAUAAUCUAACAAAUAAGGGUGAACCGACGAAUGAUGUAAUUACUGAUGGUAUGUCCUUGGAUAGAGUGGAUAUUAGCUUAAGAUUUGAACAUGGGUCUGAAAAUCAGGGGGAACCUGUUGCUGUUUGUGUGACAUGUGAGCAACCUGGAUUGGAAGAAUUUGAUGCUUCAGAAGCUGUACCAGAUAAUGUGAAAGUCAAGGAGAAUGUGGAAAGCCGAAAUGAUGCAGGCAAUUCAUCUCGGAUGGAAUGUGAACAGAUAUCUCCUGUUGAACAAGUGGCAAUAUUGCAUAAUGAUAUGUUGAAGAAUUGCGGUAAAAGCGAGGAAAAUGAAUGUGGGGAUGUAUCUCGGAUGGAAGGUGCUCAAAUAUCCCUGGAUGAACAAGUAGAAAUAUUGCAUGGUGAUGUGUUGAAGAAAUUUGAAGAAAAUGGAUGUGGUGCUUGUGAUGCCAAGCCUAGUUCUAUUGACCAGUCGACACCACCAUUGUCUCCCAAUGCAGAUGAGAAGAUGCAUGUUGUGGUUCUAGGACUCGGAAUUCUUGAUGGUGGUGAGAAAAUUGGACGGGGCCGAAAGCCUAAGAGUGCAACAAAAAACACUCAACAACAAACUAGUAACAGAUCCUUGCGCUCCAGGUCAAAGGAGGUUUCGAAAGAUCCUGAACCAAGUGUAAAUUUGGAAACUACGAAGGGCCGUGCUGAAAGAAGAGGAAGGAAAAAAGGGGCGGUAAAGGAUGAUAAAUCUAAUGAUGAAUUUUCGAAAAUGAGACGGCAUUUGAGAUACUUGCUGCACAGGAUGAAAUAUGCACAAAAUUUGCUUGAUGCUUAUUCCAGUGAAGGGUGGAGGGGACAAAGCCUAGAGAAGUUAAGGCCUGAGCAAGAGCUUGAGCGUGCAAGGUCUGAUAUAAAUCGCCAUAAGUUAAAAAUCAGGGAUCUGUUUCAGCGGCUUGAAUCAAUGUUGUCUGAAGGGAAAUUUCCUGAGUCAUUAUACGAUUCUGAUGGACUGAUUGAUAGUGAGGAUAUUUUCUGUGCCAAGUGUGGGUCCAAAGAUUUGUCUACUGACAAUGAUAUUCUUCUUUGUGAUGGUAUUUGUGAACGUGGAUUCCACCAAUACUGUUUAAAUCCGCCGUUGCCAUCUGAAGAAAUUCCUCCUGGUGAUGAGGGUUGGCUAUGUCCAGCUUGUGAUUGCAAAGCUGACUGCAUUGACUUGAUUAAUGACUCUCAUGGAAUUAAGCUUUCAAUUGAGGACAAUUGGGAGAAAGUUUUUCCCGAAGCAGUAGCAACAGAAAAUGGCAAAGGCUUGGAUGAUAUUAUGGGACUCCCUUCAGAUGAUUCGGAGGAUGAUGAGUACAACCCAGAUGGCCUAGAUGAUGACGCCAAUGGUGAAGAGAAUGAAUCAAGUUCAGAUGAGUCUAAUUCUGAUGAUUCUGACUCUUCAGAUUUUUCUUCUGCUUCAGAAGAUCUUGGGGCCUUUCAAGGGGCAGAAAAAAAUCUUGAGCUUCCUUCUGAUGAUUCAGAAGAUGAUGAUUUUGAUCCUGAUGCUGCAAAUGUUAAUGAGGAUGAGGCUGAACAUGAAAGUUCAAGUUCAGAUUUUACAUCUGCUUCCGAAGAUCUAGGUACAGCAAUUGGUGAUGAUGGGACUUCAGGCAAAGAUGAGCCAUCUGUACCUUUGGAAUUGGAGCAAGAUUUUGCCGAAUCUUCACCUAUUACUGCCAAAAGAUGUGUGGAGAAAUUAGACUACAAAAAGCUCUACGAUGAAACAUAUGGAAAUGAUGCUUCCGAUUCAAGUGAUGAUGAAGAAUGGACAAAUACUGCCGCAACACGGACAAGGAAAAACAGAGCUGAAAAUACUACUUUAGUAUUGGGUGUUUCGACUACUGCUGGCACUGAUAGCUUAGGUAAUCCUCGAAAAAGAGGUCGACCUAAGGCCAAUCCUCAAGUUGCAAGAGGGACACAAGUUCAGCUGCAAGAUAGCUCGCCAAAAACAAGUUUUGCUGGAAGUAGUAGAAUGAAAAGAACAGAAUACAAUAAACUUGGAGGAGAAGUGACUAAGAGACUCUACGAAUCAUUCAAGGAAAAUCAGUAUCCUGAUCGUGAAACUAAAGAGAAGUUGGCAAGUGAACUUGGACUCACAGCUAAACGGGUCGACAAAUGGUUUGGGAAUGCUCGUUGGAGUUUACACCACCAUCCAUCUCGUGUAGAAGCAAAUGUAAGGGUUGUAUCAAGUAGCAACACAUCCCAAUCUCAUAGUGUUGCUUUAGAUGGAGUUGGCAGUGCUUUGACGGGUGAUCGUGCUGUUGUCCCUGAGAGUGUCACAGCUGAGACUUGCAUUAUGGAUGGAAUCAAAGCACAGAAGUUGAUACCUCGAAAAUCUAGCAAGAAUUCAGAAGGUGAUCAAUCGGUGCUUGAAACCUCCGGUGCAGAGAACUUGAAAGAGGGUACUCAGGCUAACCCACAGCAAGAGCCUGAAGUUCCACAAGGUAAAGUGCAGAGGAAAAGGAGGAAAUCAUCUACCUGAGAGAGAAUUCCUCACAUGGGAACCAAUAUCCCACCAGCCACAACAAUUGCGAAAAAUCAAGAUUCUGAGGGGCUAUGUAGUCAUAUCGUACUAAUUAUCACUUAUAAGAUUCACCACAUGACUGACUCCUCGCACUCAGAUGAGAAAUUUACCAUACUUCUCUUUGGAAUAACCUACUCGUUGACGCUGCAUUUUGUUUGAGGUUGCCUUGGGAGGAAAAAAGGGGCAGCUCUUUUUAUGCUAUCAGACCAGCGUAGGCAGCAAAACUGAUGUUUUAGAUUUACUUGUUCGUUGUAUCCUUUGAUAUUCAUCGAAGUGUAGGGGUUUCUACUAAUGUGUAAAAGUCGAUUCUCCAGUAGAUGUUGAGAGUCAAUGGCCUUGGUGUUUGAUCCUUCUAGCAGUUAGUUUAGGGUAGAAUCACAUUGUAAUUCUGUAACUUGUGCAAAGUUCAAGUUUAACACAGAGUACUGAAGUCCUGUUUUUGUUAUGUACCAAGCUUCUUGGGAAGAAUGUACAUUGCAAUUUUGGUGCCUGCUUA